UUUCCAGCUUUAACUGAGCUGUUUUGCACCUGAAAUGCUUCAGUGACUCCUGGGGUGCUCUGAGGUUUGCAGUUUUUCCUCAGAAGAUUUCAUUAUAAACUGAGCUACCAGAAAGCGAUGGUGCCAUGCAAGGAUGUCUGUGAUCCACAGCCGGCUCCAGGGGAGGCUUAUCCAUCUGAAGGUGUUGGCUUAACACAAACCCAACUGCUGGGGAGGAUCUUUCAGCUGUUGCAGCCUUGGGAUGCAUGCCUGGCUGCCAGAGAAGACCCUUGGGAAGAGCAGAGUCUAUUUCCAGCCGGACCAACAAGCCAGGAGAUGUCCUUUGGCACAGCCUUGAAAUCCCAAUUGCCACAUGUAAGCCAUUUGUUUCCAUCCGGCAUGAAGCUGAACUCAGGCUGUUUGCUGAGUGCAUUCCUCAAACCAGGAAUGAGAGCUUUCAGUUUCCACGUGUUAUUCUCUGGAUUACAGCACAGUGAAAACCAGACAAGUUUGAUCGAAAAAGAAACCUAAAAAAAAUGCCCAGAAAGAUUAUAGAUUAUGGAGAGCUGCCGGAGUAUGAGAAAAGCCAGAUCAAAAGGACGUUGGAGCUGGGAACUGUUAUGACUGUAUUCAGUAUUAAGAAGAGUAGUCCAGAACGAAGGACUAUUCAGGUGAUAAUGGAAACCAGGCAGGUAGCCUGGAGCAAGACAGCUGACAAGAUCGAAGGUUUCUUGGAUCUGAUGGAAAUAAAGGAAAUUCGCCCGGGGAAGAAUUCAAAGGACUUUGAACGAUGCAAAGCAAAACACAGAGAAGAACACUGCUUCACUAUUUUUUAUGGUACCCAGUUUGUCCUCAGUACCUUAAGUUUAGCAGCUGAUUCUAAAGAUGAUGCUGAUAAAUGGUUGUGUGGCUUGAAUAUCUUGUAUCAAGAGGUCAUGAGAGCUCCGACACCUGCAAUCACAGAGAGCUGGCUGAGAAAGCAGAUCUAUUCUGUUGAUCAGACUAGAAGAAAUAGUAUCAGUCUUAGAGAGCUGAAAGCUGUCCUUCCCCAAGUAAACUUCAAAGUGAGCAGCAUGAAGUUCUUGAAGGAUAAAUUUGCGGAAAUAGGUGCUCACAAGGAAGAGCUUAGUUUUGAACAAUUUCAUUUGUUCUACAAAAAGAUCAUGUUUGAACAACAGAAAUCGAUUCUCGAUGAAUUCAAAAAGGAUUCCUCUGUGUUCAUCCUUGGAAAUACUGACCGUCCAGAUGCUUCAGCAGUUCAUCUCCAUGACUUUCAGAGGUUUCUCCUACAUGAGCAGCAGGAAUCUUGGGCACAAGAUCUGAGUAAAGUCCGAGAACGAAUGACUGAGUUUGUAGAUGACACUAUGAGAGAAACUGCUGAACCCUUCCUCUUUGUUGAUGAGUUCCUCACUUACCUUUUUGCAAAAGAAAACAGUAUUUGGGAUGAGAAAUAUGAUACAAUAGAUGUGCAGGACAUGAAUAAUCCUUUGUCCCACUACUGGAUUUCUUCCUCUCAUAACACAUAUCUGACAGGAGACCAGCUUCGAAGUGAAUCCUCCACAGAAGCUUAUAUCAGGUGUCUUAGAAUGGGAUGCAGAUGUAUUGAGUUGGACUGCUGGGAUGGUCCUGAUGGAAAGCCCAUCAUUUACCAUGGAUGGACACGGACAACAAAGAUCAAAUUUGAUGAUGUAGUACAGGCAAUCAAAGAUCACGCUUUUGUUACAUCUGAAUACCCAGUCAUUCUGUCAAUUGAAGAGCACUGUAGUGUGGAACAGCAACGGCACAUGGCCAAAGUGUUCAAGGAGGUAUUUGGGGAUCAGCUUUUAAUGAAACCUGUUGAAGCUAGUGCAGAUCAGCUACCGUCACCAACUCAACUGAAAGAAAAGAUCAUCAUCAAGCAUAAAAAACUGGGGCCGAAGGGAGACAUUGAUGUUAACCUGGAAGACAAGAAAGAAGAAAAAAAGCAACAAGGAGAACUUUACAUGUGGGAUGCAAUAGAACAGCAAUGGACUCGGCACUACUGUGCUAUUGCUGAUGGAAAGCUUUCAUUCAGUGAUGUCAUAGAACAGAAUGCUGAUGAAGAUUCAUCUAAGGAGGUAAAACAUACUGAACUGCACUUAAAAGAGAAAUGGUUCCAUGGGAAAAUGAAAGAGGGGAGAACAACUGCUGAGAAGCUGCUCCAAGAAUAUUGUGCUGAAAUGGGUGGCAAGGAUGGGACGUUUCUGGUUAGGGAGAGCGAGGCUUUCCCUAAUGAUUGCACCUUGUCAUUCUGGAGAUCAGGUAGAGUCCAGCACUGCCGUAUCCGCUCUUCAAGUGAUGGGGACACUGUGAAAUACUACCUGACAGACAAUGUCACUUUUGAUAGCAUCUAUGAUCUCAUUCAACACUACAAGGAGGUCCACUUGAGAUGUGCUGAAUUUGAGCUGCGUCUGACUGAUGCUGUGCCUAAUCCCAGCCCUCAUGAAAAUAAAGAUUGGUACUAUAGCAACUUGAGUCGAGGAGAGGCGGAAGACAUGCUGAUGAGAAUUCCUCGAGAUGGAGCCUUCCUAAUAAGAAAGAGAGACGAGCCUGAUUCAUUUGCCAUGACAUUCAGAGCUGAGGGGAAGGUGAAGCACUUCCGAAUUCAGCAAGAAGGUCGCCAUUUUGUGCUUGGAACAUCAGCCUACUUUGAGAGUUUGGUGGAGCUGGUAACAUACUAUGAGAAGCACCCUCUGUACAGGAAAAUGAAAUUGCGUUACCCUGUGACUGAGGAGCUGCUGGAGCGCUACAGCACAGAAAAAGAUAUAAACUCUCUUUAUGAUGUCAAGAUGUACGUGGAACCCAGUGAAAUCACCCCUACAGUGCCUCAGAGAACAGUGAAAGCCUUGUAUGACUACAGAGCCAAACGAAGUGAUGAAUUGAGCUUUUGUCGAGGAGCUCUCAUUCAUAAUGUCACAAAGGAAACUGGAGGCUGGUGGAAAGGGGAUUAUGGAGAAAAAGUGCAACACUAUUUUCCAUCUAAUUACGUUGAAGACUUGUCAUCUGAUAAUUCUGCUGAGCUUGAAAGCCAGAUUAUUGAGGACAAUCCUCUAGGCUCUCUGUGUCACGGCAUCUUGGUGCUAAAUACGUACAAUGUUGUGAAAAUGCCACAAGGGAAACACAAAAAGCCUUUUGUCUUCAUUUUGGAACCUAAGAAUCCAGAAGAUCCGUGUGUUGAAUUUGCAACUGAUAAAGUAGAAGAGCUGUUUGAAUGGUACCAAAGCGUCCGUGAAAUCACAUGGAAAACUGCGGAAGAGGAGAACAGGAGGAAAUACUGGGAAAAGAACCAGUUGAUUGCUAUUGAGUUAUCUGAUCUGGUAAUCUACUGCAAGCCAACAAGCAAAACCAAGGACAAUUUAGAAAAUCCUGAUUUCAGAGAAAUCCGUUCCUUUGUGGAAACCAAGGCAGAAAGUAUUGUAAAGCAAAAGCCAGUGGAGUUGCUGAAAUACAACUUGAAGGGACUGACACGUGUCUAUCCUAAAGGACAGAGGGUUGACUCAUCAAACUAUGACCCAUUUCGCCUCUGGCUUUGUGGCUCUCAAAUGGUGGCUCUUAACUUUCAGACUCCAGAUAAAUACAUGCAAUUGAACCAUGCCUUGUUUUCACUUAAUGGACGCACUGGCUAUGUUCUGCAGCCAGAAAGCAUGAGAAAUGAAGAAUAUGACCCAAUGCCAAAUGAAUCGAAGAGGAAACUGCAGAUGAUUAUGACAGUGAGGGUUUUAGGUGCUCGUCAUCUCCCUAAGCUCGGUAGAAGCAUCGCGUGUCCCUUUGUAGAGGUAGAAAUAUGUGGGGCUGAGUAUGAUAACAACAAAUUCAAGACAACAGUUGUGAAUGACAAUGGCCUUAAUCCAGUUUGGGCACCCUGUCCGGAGCAAGUGAAAUUUGAAAUUUAUGAUCCAAAUCUAGCAUUUCUGCGCUUUGUUGUUUACGAGGAGGAUAUGUUCAGUGACCCCAAUUUCUUGGCCCAAGCCACUUUUCCCAUCAAAGGAAUCAAAUCAGGUUUUAGAUCAGUUCCUCUCAAGAAUGGUUACAGUGAAGACAUAGAGCUAGCCUCACUUCUGAUUCACUGUGAAAUGCAGCAAGUUCUGGAAUAUGAAGAAGAGCUUUAUUCUUCAUGUCGGCAACUUCGGAAGCGCCAGGAGGAGCUUAAUAACCAGCUAUUCCUUUACGAUACCCAUAUGAAUUUAAGGAAUCCUAACAGAGAUGCAUUAUUAAGAGAAUUCAAUGUGAAUGAACACAAGCUACAGAUGUGUCAAGAAACAUGUAACCGGAGAUUAAGGGAGAAGAAAGUCAGUAACAGCAAAUUCUACUCUUAAAGCAAUCAUUCUUUGAUGCAUGCUUUAUGGAGCAGUUCAGGUGGAGAUAUUAAUUUCUCCUGGUCAUUCUACUCUGUGAAGAUCUCAUCAUGCUGAAUGAAUCGACGAGGAGGAAGAGGAGGGAAGAUGGAUUUUCUUAUUAGUUUCUUCUUAUAAGAAAAGCUGUUUUAAUUCCGAAUAAUUUAUGUUCUGUACAAAGUUUGGCCUGUACCUCUGUGCAGACCAGACUUUCUGUAUAUUAAAGAAUCUGAAGGUGGGUAGCUGCAUAGACUCCACUGCUUAUCAAUACCUGAAGUACAAGUUUAAAUUGUUUGUUGUGUUUGUGUACACAGGGUGUAGAUAAGACAUUCACAACAAUUUGCAUGCAUAGAAACACACCACUUUAACAACCUGGCUCCUUAAGAUUCGCUGGUGGGGAGUUUUUAAUUUAUUAAAUGCUGUAAAAGCACUUUUGCACCAACAUUGUUUUAAUGUAUAUUACCUUACCUUAGGCAAUGGAUUAUACUUCCGAUACUGUAUAAAGAAUUUUGGGCAGCUAAUAGCUCCAUACUGUACUGUCUCUUAUCAGUAGUUCUCUGUGUCCUUCUUGAAUAGCAGAUAUGUUACUUUUGUUGAAAUCAAAUAUCCUCUCUGACCUUAGAUGUUUCUUUGUGAAGGGUUUAAGAGAACAGUGCAUGAACUUGUAUUUGCCAGCCCUUCUGAACUUACGUUCCUAAAUUAAGGUAUUGGAGGGAAAGGUUUUAAUGUAAAUAUGUGGUAGGAAAUACGUGGUAUUUUGUUGUUUUUUUUCUCUUUUUUUUUUUUUUUCAGAGAGGCAUUUGAACUCUGAGAGGCACUUACUUUGAUAUAGCAUCAUUUUGCAAAUCCUUUCAGCUGCUAAUGUGCUUAGAAAUGAUUUUUUUAAUGAACUGUCCAUUUUUAAUCUUGCAGUCCUACUUAGAUGAUAGCAUCAGAUGAUAGUGUUCUGUAAAUGUAAACCAUUUUAGCAAAACACAUCUAAUCCAAGAAUGAUAGUAUGCACAAAUAUAGAGGUACAUUAGUCUUACAUCUUUAAUCGAGUGAAGAACAUUGAGCUACAGAUGCAAAAACUCGAUAGAUCAGCAAGUGUGCUUUACUGUAUGAGUGCAACAAGAGCCCUUGGCUGGUGUAUUUAAAACCAGUUAUGGUGGUUUGUGUACAAGUUAGUUCUUUGAGCUAGCACUAUGAUUCUACUCUCAAAUUCCUGGUUCCUUUCUCUCUACAUGGGUGGAGUUUUGCUGUCUGUAUAAAUGAAUUUCUUUCCCGGGUGUUAAGUUCUGUCUAUAUGACUGUCUGAAUCAUAACAUUUUGUGUACAUCAUGCUAUAUUUCUCAUCACAGAAAACUUGCUUGCAUUUCGGAUUUCUUGCCUGAGAUGUCUCAGCCGUUUUUGGUUUCUCUUGCUCCCUAUGCUAUUCUGUUGUUUCAAGAUGUGCUUAAUUGAUGCCAUUGUUUAUUCACAGCUGAUGGUUUGAGGAAUUCCAGUGAGGUUUUAGAUACUAUGAAAAGAGCUGUGUCUCACUUAUCUUGAGAUAGAAAUGCUGUAAUAGCAUCCCACAGUGGGGUGACUUCUUUAGAUAUUUUAAAUGGAGAAAUUAAAUACCAAUCAGCCAUCUGAAAAAGAGAAGAGGACAAAGUUUAAGGUAAUUCUAGGCUUUUCUUCUUCCUGCCUGAAAUCUCUUCAGUCACCAGUUCUGAUUGGUCUGUUCAAGGAUUAGAUGGAUGCAUUUUUUUCUUUCCUUUUUGGGAUAAACUGUUGAUUUUAGAGGUACAGCAAUAACUUAGACUGCUGUACAAAGCUGGGCUUACCUGCAGUAUCACUGUAUGAUGAGCUGAUCCAGUCGCUGUUUCUGGGUGGUGAGGACCUUUGGUGCUCAUGCAUUUUGUACUGCUUAAGAAUUAGCACGCCUUACAGUUCUUCUGAAAGUUGUGUGCAUAUCCCCCAGGCAAAGAUUAUAUUAAAAGUUAUAAGAGGUACUCCUUGGUACUUACGAAAAUCCAUUUUGUUUUACCUAAAGACUUUUUUUUCCCCAUGUUAUAUUCAGAAGAAAAAUACUGCUUUGGCUGCUUGGUUAACUUGAGUGUUAGGCAGGGCUAUGUACUGUUUUCUUGUAUCUUACAUAGUUUUAACUCCAAAAGGCCCAUCUCUCAAUUCUUUGUCAAGGUCGACUCAACCAACUUCUUCUCAGUUGCAGCUGUUUUAAUAUGAAAGUAGGCUUGAAUUUCCAUGCUAAUUUUAUGAUCUAGGAGGAAAAUCAUUUAUGCAAAUGUUAUCGUUUAAAUUGUUGUAUUCUUUUGGAAGCUAUUUUAAAUUCUUAAAGUAACUUAUUUUAAUAAAUGUGUUUUGAUAUCAGUGAUGUGAAUAAUCCCAGAAGCUUUUUUAUUUAAGCAUGGUUUAUUAAUGUCAUGACUUAAAAUUGCCAGGCAUUGUGCAUGAGUUCUAACUGAACAGUGGUCUGCUGGAAUGUUAUGGUGUGUUGCACUACAGAUUGAAGGAAGGGCACUUCUGUAUUUUUUUUUAAGAUGAACUGACUUAAUGGUUGUUUUCAUAAAGUCAUUACUGUUGCACUUCAUCUGGAUACAAACAAGCAGGGCAGAAGGAAAAGGCCAAAGAUCAUGUUUAACAUGCAACUCCUAACUGACCUUUUCCAGUAACAGGUAAGAUGCCAUCUUCAGCUGUGCUGAGCAUCAGAUUUGUAUGAACUCAAACAACAAAGUCUGAGGAAGGCAGAACUGAAAUUUGUAGUCAUCUGGAACCACUGUUCAUGGCAAAACUGUAUUAGCGCACUCUCUGCUAAUGAGGUUGUCUUGAUUGCAUGGGCAUAAGUGUUGCUGGGUGAAGGCACGGUUGUGAUUACGCUGUGAUUUUUUUGUUUUGUUGAGAUUCUUGGGAAUCAAAUUUUUCUCAGUCUUCUAAUAAAAAUGUAUAUAGCUGGAAUCAA